UGCUGUGACGCCACUAAUCCCAGCACUACAAAUCACAGGUCCCCUCCACCUCUGGUCCACACGGACCCCUUGGACUCUCCGCCGCCUGCUUCCCGUCUGCGUCAGGAAUUCACGUAAUCCCUCUUUUCGCACGCGCGCCGCACAGAGCCGAUCAGAAGAGCAGCAAGCAUGGCUGUAGUGAGUGGAACUUACCGUAUGGUGUCGGAGGAGGAGCAGGCGCUCAGGGCCAAGCUGGAGCAUCUCACCGUCAAGGACCACGGACCAGUGUUCGGACCCUGCGCCAACCUGCCAGACCACACCAGGCAGAAGGCCAAAGACGAGCUGAACGAGACCGAUGAGAAGCGGGUGUCUGCCGUGAAGGAGCUGCGAGCCAUCAUUAAGGAGAGGGCAGAGGCUGGAGAUGACCUGGCCAAGGGGGUGCAGAACACCUUUGGGGAGAAACCAGACAGCCUGCUGGUCCGCUUCAUCCGCGCCAGGAAGUACGACGUGGCCAGGGCCUUCGAUCUCCUGAAGGGAUAUGUCCGCUUCAGGAAGGAUUACCCCGAGCUGUUCGAGAACCUGACCCCAGAGGCUGUGCGCAGCACCAUCGAGGCCGGCUACCCCGGCAUCCUCCACAGCAGAGACAAAUACGGACGCGUGGUCCUGCUCUUCAACAUUGAGAACUGGGACUACGAGGAGAUCACCUUCGAUGAGAUCCUGCGGGCCUACUGCGUGAUCCUCGAGAAGCUGCUGGAGAACGAGGAGACGCAGAUCAACGGCUUCUGCAUCAUCGAAAACUUCAAGGGCUUCACCAUGCAGCAGGCGUCGGGGAUCAAGCCCACGGAGCUCAAGAAGAUGGUGGACAUGUUACAGGACUCUUUCCCGGCCCGUUUCAAAGCCGUGCACUUCAUCCACCAGCCCUGGUACUUCACCACCACCUACAACGUGGUGAAGCCCCUCAUGAAGAGCAAGCUGCUGGAGAGAGUGUUCGUCCACGGAGAUGAGCUGGAGAACUACUACAAGGAGUUUGACCCUGAAAUUCUGCCGUCUGAGUUUGACGGAAAAGGCUCCAAGUACGACGGCAAGGCCACGGCGAGCAAGUUGUUUGACUAAACGUCCUCCAUCCUGCUGCCGGCAGUCAGAGGGCUGCAAUGAAUAAAAGAUAACUAAAUCAUC